GACGUGCGGGCUCACGACCUCGAUUCAAUCGGCAUUGUCAUAUCUAUCUAUCUAUCUAUCUAUCCGUCUUACACACAUUGAGAUACAUACAUACACACAUCACCCACCAGCGACCUUCAAUCAACAUGUCAGCCGCCGCUCCUGCAGAUGGCGGAUCGAAUCCUUCGAGCUUGAAAGAGAAGAUGAAGAACCCGUUUGCGAGCUUGAGAGAGAAGUUGCAUGAUACGAAACUUCAUGAUGUGAAGGUUGGCUUGAUUCAGAAGAAACAUCAGAUUGGCAAGUUGGGAAAUUUGUUUAAUCCAAAUCAUCGUCAUGACGAAGAGCACGAACAGAUUACAGAUGCAAAGAGAACCAAAAUCGCCGAGUCUCAUCGUUUCGAAUCAUUUGCGCCAGAAAGACCAGGAAAUAAUAUAAAAUGGUAUGUGGAUGGACGCGAUUACUUCUGGGCUGUAUCAGUUGCGCUGGAAGCUGCAAAAGAAACCAUAUAUAUUGCGGAUUGGUGGUUGUCUCCCGAAUUAUUCAUGCGCCGACCUCCAUAUUACAACCAACAAUGGCGUUUGGAUCAAAUUCUUAAACGUAGAGCAGAAGCGGGCGUGAAGAUUUUCGUUAUUGUGUAUCGAGAAGUCGAGGCUGCUCUCACUUGUAAUUCUGAACACACAAAACAUGCUCUUCAAGCUUUAUGCCCCGAAGGAACUCCAGGAUAUGGAAAUAUUCAGAUUAUGCGACAUCCUGAUCAUAAUGUUCUCGAAAAUGCGGCUGAUAUGACAUUUUACUGGGCGCAUCACGAAAAGUUUAUUGUGAUUGAUUACAAUUUGGCAUUUAUUGGUGGUUUGGAUCUAUGCUUUGGAAGAUGGGAUAAUCAUCAACAUCCUCUUGCCGACGUCCAUCCAGAAGGAAUUGCAACUGAAGUAUGGCCAGGACAAGAUUUCAACAACAACCGUGUGAUGGAUUUUCAGAAUGUCAAAGAUUGGAAGGCCAAUGAAUUAUCAAAAGCUGAAUAUGGACGUAUGCCUUGGCAUGAUGUUGCUAUGGGUGUUGUCGGAGAUUGCGUUUAUGAUAUCGCGGAGCAUUUCGUUUUGAGAUGGAAUUUUGUCAAACGAGACAAAUACAAACGUGAUGAGCGUUUCAAUUGGUUGAUUCUUGAAGGCAGAGAUGGUGAGAAUGAAGAUUUGGUUGGAGUACAAAGACCAAAACAUCCAGUUGGAGAUUACGUCAAUCACCCACUCACACCAUUGAGCACGAAAUCAUUGGGACAGCAAGGAACAGUUCACGCUCAGGUAGUUCGAAGUAGUGCCGAUUGGUCCAGUGGGAUUCUCGUGGAACACAGCAUUCAAAAUGCUUACAGUGAAUUGAUCAGAAACGCUCAACAUUAUGUUUAUAUCGAAAAUCAAUUCUUCAUCACUGCCACGGGUGAUCAACAAUCUCCAAUUAGAAAUACUAUUGGAAGAGCGAUUGUUGAUGCUGUUGUCAGAGCUGGAAAAGAAGGUAGAAAAUUCCGAGUCAUCAUUUUGAUUCCUUCUAUUCCAGGUUUCGCCGGUGAUCUUAGAGAUGAUGCCGCGACAGGUACGAGAGCUAUCAUGGAUUACCAGUACAAGUCUAUUUGUCGAGGUGAACAUUCAAUAUUCGAGCAAGUUAGAAAGGAAGGUGUCGAACCAGAAGAUCACAUCUUUUUCUUCAAUCUACGAUCUUAUGAUCGUUUGAAUGUUACUCCAGCAGUUAAAAAGCAAGAAGAAGAAUCUGGUGUCAAAUACCAAGAUGUACAAAGAGCAGAGGCAGAAGAAAUUAUGGACUCGGGUAUUCAUGGAGAAGGGGUUGAAGAAGUUGAAACACAUGAUGAAUUAAAGGAUAAGUUUAAACAUGCUGUGCAUGAUGAUGAUUCUGGGGACGAGGCUGAAGAAAGAAGAACUGAUGCCAAGAGAAGAUUCGAAGCAAAGGCAGAAGCAGCCGGUACGAAUCAGAAACCAAAUAGUACUGAUAGUGUGGCUAAGAAUGCUAUGCAUAUGCAACCAAAUUUGGUUGACGAGCCAUGGGAAGGUGAUCUUAAAGGAGAAGCCGAUAAUUGGAUUCAAGAGGAACUUUACAUCCAUGGCAAAGUUCUAAUUGUUGACGAUAGAACAGUUAUUUGUGGAAGUUCGAAUCUCAACGAUCGUUCACAAUUAGGUAUUCAUGAUAGCGAACUUUCCAUCGUCAUGACAGAUACGAGAACUGUUCAAAGUACAAUGAAUGGACAACCAUACGAAGCAGGUUAUCAUGCAUCUACGCUGAGAAAAUAUCUUUGGCGUGAACAUUUGGGUUUACUGCUACCACAAGAUUUGGAUGCAGAUGAUGAUCCAAAUGCUCAACCACCCAAUGUUCCAAAUGAUAUCCAUGAGGGGGAAACAUAUCAAUUCGUUGAGGAUCCGUUAAGUGAUGAACUUUGGGAUAUGUGGGUUAGCAGAGCAACCAAGAAUACUCAGAUGUUUAGACAAUUGUUUCAUGCUGAUCCGGAUAAUUUUGUCAAAACCUUUGAUGAUUAUGAUAAAUUUCUCCCAGCAAAGGGUAUUCGUUCAGGUCAUAUCUAUGAUCGUAUGAUUCCACCACAGGAAAUCAGACAAAAGUUAGAUCAAAUCAAGGGACAUUUGGUUUGGAUGCCUUUGGAAUUCUUGAAGGAUGCACCGAUGGCGGAAACAGGAUUACAGGUUAAUAGUUGGACGGAGAGUAUUUAUACUUAAUGGAAAAGGAGGGAUGGGAGGAAUAGGAUGAGAGGGGUUGGAAAGGGAAAGCAAGUGGAAAAUGGAAUGGGGAGGAGGAUAUUUGAUGGUUUUUGAUUUUUGAUUCCUGAUUUUUAUUUUUUGCGUGAGGCGAUGAUGAUGAUGGAUGAAUAAAUGGCGUUAACGGGAGAACGAUGAUGUUAAUGAGAGAUGGAAUGGAUGAUGAAGGGGGGUAUUGAUGGUUGGUUGCGAUUGUUAUUUGUCUUCUCA